AUGCCUCCAUUCACACCCAAAAAUAACAACAAGAAAGUCAUUGUCUUCGGCAGCAGCGGUGCUAUUGGCACUAGUUUGGUUGGAAUUUUGAGUGAAAAGCAACCCGCUUGGGAAAUCACAGCCGUCGCUCGUUCGGCUGCUGACAAGUUUGAUGACCUGAAGAAUGUCACUGUGGUUCCUGGAGAUGCUACCGACAAGUCGAGCGUCAUGAAGUUGUGCAAGGGCCAGGAUCUUGUAUUCUGCUGCAUUGGAUUCCCCAAGUAUGAAACCAAAUAUUGGGCCGAGACUUGGCCUGUCGUGGUCGACAAUCUCUUGGCCGGAUCGUCUCAAGGACCAGAACAAAAGUUUGUCUUUUGUGACAAUCUUUAUGCCUACGGGGCCAAAACGGAUAUCAAGCCUACGGAUGAACCUGUGGAAGCAAAUUUAGAGACUAAGCCUGGUGUUCGUGCCGUCUUGCGAGAAAAGCUUCAGGCCCGCAUGAAGUCUCACCCACAAUCCAUUUCCGUUGUGGGAGGAGCCGAUUUUUUUGGACCUGGUGUCACGGAUCUAGGCUUUUUGGGAGAUACCUUCACCAAACCCAUUGUCAAAACAAUCUAUACUGCCAAAAAGGGAACCCCCCUUGCCAUGGGAUCCGCAUCCAAGAUUCAUGACUUUUGUUAUGUUCCUGAUUUUGCCAAUGCCUUGUACCUUGCCGGCACGGAAUACAAGGCGAGUGGUAAAUUUUGGAUUUGUCCCCACUCCAUACACAACAAGACUAUGACUGAAAUUGCCGCAGAUAUAGCCCAAUUCGCCGGUGCUGGUGCCAGUGACAAACUUAUCAAAAAAGCCAAGAAGGUCCAAGUUCUUGGGCCUACCAUUGUCAAGAUUCUUGGAUUUUUCAUGUCGUUCAUGCGUGAAAUGAAAGAUAUGAUGCCCAUUUGGCUCAAUGAUUAUUCGGUUGACGACUCGGACUUUUGCAAGACUUUUGGUGUCGAAGCCACACCGUACGAUGAAGCUCUUCAAGGAUACAUUACUUUCUAUAAGUCGGAACUUGACAAGCAGAACAACAAGUAA